UGGAUUUAUUAAGUGAAGGGUAGGGCUACUUAUGCCACCCAAUUAACUGAAAAUGUUAAUAUUAUUUUUAACAGUGUGUUUAGGCUUAACCAGUGCGCAAAUUCUUCAAGAUGGCCAAUGUGAAACCAUAGCUUUACAAAAUAAUUUUGAAUUAGACAAAUUUACAGGGAAAUGGCAUGGCCUGCGUGGCAACAGUAUUUUGCAAAAUGGUGAUUGUUCCUAUAUAAACUUCACACCGGUCAGUUCUGGUAACUACCAGUACACAGUUGAAGUUGGCUAUGUCGAAGCAAGCACCCGAAAAGAAAUCCGUGGUACAGCAGUGGCUACGGCAGCCAGUUUUAACCUAACUCUUGAGGGUAAAAGUACUGACUUUAAUGUUCUAAAUACUGACUACGAUAACUAUGCACUAGUGUAUAGCUGUGAAAAUGUGGGAGACGAACAAAGAAACGUUUACAUCUGGGAGCUUGCAAGGGACACAUCGGUUUCUGAUGAAAUUUUUACCAGUCUUGUGGAGCAAACAAUUGCUUCUAAUUUUGGAUUAACGCCAACGGAUCUAUCCAUCACCACUCAUUCUGAAGCUGUUUGUAAUGCCGAAACACUCAAUGAGGUCAUCUUACCUGGAACGUGUGAUCAGAAUGUUCCAUUUAUGAGAACCCUUAAUAUAUCCCGUUUUUCUGGCGAAUGGCGUCUAAUUGAAUCAUACUAUAACGAAAGGCAAUCCGGCGAAUGUAACCACGCUAUUUAUACAGUUCAAAAUACUGGUCUAGCCAUAGAGAAUAGACACGUUUUGAACCGGGAAUUACUUACCACCUCUGGAACAGCUGUGUUCGCAUCAAAUGAAGAAAAUGGAAAACUACGAGUUACUAUUGGUUCUAAUACACGCGACUACUGGAUUCUUUCCACUGAUUAUGAAUCAUAUGCGCUUGCUUACAGCUGUGAAAACUUAGCUAAUAACCAGCAAAGAAUUAACAGUUGGAAAUUGAGUCGCACAAAUACGUUAACUGCACAAGCAGUCAACGAUAUUAAUUCCGUUGUAAACCGAGUCGCUGCAUUAGACAAUAGCCGAUACAUAGCCACUGAUCAGUCUGAUCAAGCAUGCUUCUAUUAUCCUUCCUUAUCGCCAAAUGAGCCAGUAAUUCUUCCUGGGCAAUGUAACCAGGCAAUUCCGGGCGUUGGAAACUUUAACUUAACAAGAUUUGAAGGUAAAUGGCGGCUAUUAUCAUCUUAUUACAAUGCACGUCAAUCUGGAAAGUGUAAUAGGGCAACAUACACAGUCACAGGAAAUACCAUGGGUAUUGUCAAUAGCCACAUUAUAGACAGACUCCGAAGCAUAAGUACUGGAACUGCAUCAACUACAGCUGAAAGUGGCAAACUUGUAGUGAACGUUGGCACAAAUCCACCAGCACCAUUCUGGAUACUAGCCACUGACUACGAGAAUUACGCGUUAGCAUACAGCUGUGAAAAUCUACCCAAUAAUCAGCAAAGAGUUUCCAGCUGGAAGCUCAGUCGUAGCAACACCUUCAGCGCACAAGCUAAUGAUUUUAUGAAUAAUGUUAUUAAUAGUGUCGAUGUAUUGAACAACCGUUACUAUAGCAAUGUUGAUCAGUCUGAUGAGGCAUGCUUCUAUUAUCCUUCCUUAUCACCAAAUGAGCCAGUCAUUCUUCAUGGGCAAUGUAACCAGGCAAUUCCGGGCGUUGGAAACUUUAACUUAACAAGAUUUGAAGGUGAAUGGCGGCUAUUAUCAUCUUAUUACAAUGCACGUCAAUCUGGAAAGUGUAAUAGGGCAACAUACACAGACAGAGGAAAUACCAUGGGUAUUGUCAAUAGCCACAUAACAGACAGACUCCGAAGUAUAAGUACUGGAACAGCAUCAACUACAGCUGAAAGUGGCAAACUUGUAGUGAACGUUGGCACAAAUCCACCAGCACCAUUCUGGAUACUAGCCACUGACUACGAGAAUUACGCGUUAGCAUACAGCUGUGAAAAUCUACCCAAUAAUCAGCAAAGAAUUUCCAGCUGGAAGCUCAGUCGCAGCAACACCUUCAGCGCACAAGCUAAUGAUUUUAUGAAUAAUGUUAUUAAUAGUGUCGAUGUAUUGAACAACCGUUACUAUAGCAAUGUUGAUCAGUCUGAUGAGGCAUGCUUCUAUUAUCCUUCCUUAUCACCAAAUGAGCCAGUCAUUCUUCAUGGGCAAUGUAACCAGGCAAUUCCGGGCGUUGGAAACUUUAACUUAACAAGAUUUGAAGGUGAAUGGCGGCUUUUAUCGUCUUAUUACAAUGCACGUCAAUCUGGAAAGUGUAAUAGGGCAACAUACACAGUCAGAGGAAAUACCAUGGGUAUUGUCAAUAGCCACAUUAUAGACAGACUCCGAAGCAUAAGUACUGGAACUGCAUCAACUACAGCUGAAAGUGGCAAACUUGUAGUGAACGUUGGCACAAAUCCAUCAGCACCAUUCUGGAUACUAGCCACUGACUACGAGAAUUACGCGUUAGCAUACAGCUGUGAAAAUCUACCCAAUAAUCAGCAAAGAAUUUCCAGCUGGAAGCUCAGUCGUAGCAACACCUUCAGCGCACAAGCUAAUGAUUUUAUGAAUAAUGUAAUUAAUAGUGUCGAUGUAUUGUACAAUCGUUACUAUAAUGAAGUUGAUCAGUCUGAUGAGGCAUGCUUCCAUUAUCCAACAUUAUCCAAUUAUGAACCAGUAGUUUUGCCGGGACAAUGUGACCUUAAUGUAACAGUUAUGCCAUCCUUGAAUUUGACAGGAUUUUCGGGAGAAUGGCGUCUCAUUUCCUCAUACUACAAUGAACGUCAAUCUGGAGAAUGCAACCAUGCUAUUUAUAGCGUUCAAGGAACUGGUCUUACUUUACAAAAUAGACACGUUCUAAACCGACAGUUACUUACAACCUCUGGAACAAUUAGUUUCGCUUCAACUGAUAGGAAUGGAAAGCUACGGGCCACCGUUGGUUCUAAUACACGUGAUUAUUGGAUUUUGAACACUGACUACGACAGCUACGCGUUAGCCUAUAGCUGUGAAAACUUGGCGAACAAUCAACAGAGAAUUUUCAGUUGGAAACUAAGUCGGACUAAUACAUUAACAGCAGAGGCUAAAGCAAAUAUUAAUGCAAUAAUUAACACAGUGGAGGCUUUACAUGAACCAUACUUUACAAAUGCAGACCAAUCUGACGACGCCUGUUUCUAUUACCCCGACAUUCAGGUCAACGAACCAGUAAUAUUCCCAGGACAGUGUGACGAAAACAUUCUUGUUACCAAAAACUUUAGUUUGGAGGGAUUCCUUGGAAGAUGGCGUCUCAUAUCUUCUUACUACACACAUCGUCAAUCUGGAGAAUGCAACCAAGUAGACUACUCCAGAGAAGGUUCCACGAUAAGAGUUAGGAACAUGCAUAUUACGAACAGUGAAUUGAGCACGGUGUCAGGUUCAGCCACCGUAUCUGCUGAUGGAAGUGGAAAACUUCGAGUUACUGUAUCGACUCGAACUGUUGAUUUUUGGAUCCUAGCCACUGAUUAUGACAAUUAUGCUUUGGCCUACAGUUGCAGUAAUGUGAACGCAAAUCAAAGAAGGGUUUACAGCUGGAAGCUUAGUCGUAGAACAUCACUAAGAGAUUCAGAUCAAACCAACAUUAACAAUGUGAUGGAUCAAAUAAAUGUGUUAAAUGAACGUUAUUACACUCCAACUGAUAAUUCUGACGACGCCUGCUUCCAUUACCCUACAGUAGACCCCAGUCGACCUGUUGUCUUUGAUGGGCAAUGUAACCAAAACAUACCUGUUGUAAGAAAUUUCCAGUCCAAUUUGUUCUUAGGAGAAUGGUACGAUGUUGAAUCUUACCCAUCUACUUUCCAAUAUGGUACAUGCAACACUGCUAGAUACAGCGCAAAUGGAAAUAAUAUAAUAGUGAACAAUACUCAAAUAAUCGACGGUGUUGUAUCAGUAAGGGAAGCGAAUGGAGUGUUCCCUGAAGGCAAUAAUGUUGGAAAACUUAAGGUUAACUUUGGCUCAGCCGACAGAGAUUAUUGGAUUCUCUCAACCGAUUACGACUCUUACGCCCUCAUUUACAGUUGCCUUAACUUGGAUAACAAGACAAAACAAGUGGGAACAUGGAAGCUGAGUAGAAGUCGCCAAUUAUCGGAAACUGCAAAGAAUGAGAUAAAUUCCACUAUGUCAACGAUAAGAGAACUUGAUCAGCGGUACUUUAUAACAAGAAAUCACACGGAAGCUGGCUGUUUCUACCAUCGCGAUCAAUCACAGACUUCAGUUAUUUUUAGUGGAAGAUGUGAUACUACCAUUACCGCCGUUCCUAACUUUAAUCUUACAGCGUUCCAAGGAGUAUGGCACGAGAUUCAAGCAUACCCCAGUGAAAUGAUGACAGGUGAAUGUUUAUCUCAAGAAUACAGCCAACGCUCGGGAUCAUCACUCAAUGUGGUACAAAGAAACGUUCGACUUGAAACACUGUUCGAGAGGACUGGUGUUGUGACACAGACUUCUAAUGAUAACAGCGGAAAACUAUUGAUAACGGUUCAGGGUGGUCUUGGCGCUACUAUUCCAUUCUGGGUUCUCAGCACAGACUACAACGAUUACGCCUUAGCUUAUGGUUGUGUUGACUUAAUCAAUAAUGAAAGACAAGUCUACAGCUGGAAGUUAAGCAGAAGCCAACAGUUGUCUGCUGCUGCCAAUACUCAAAUAAAUAAUGUUAAAGCCACUAUCCCAGUCCUGGAUAGCAAGUAUUACAAAAACAUUGACCAGUCCGAUGCAGCCUGCUUCCAUCUCCCUGACUUUACACCUGGAGAAUCUGUAAUCUUACCCGGGAAAUGUGAUGAUAAUAUUCCCGUUGAGAGGAACUUCGAUGCGCAGAGAUACUCUGGCGUGUGGUACCAAAUAGAAAAAUACUUCCAACGCUUCGAAACUGGUGGUAACUGCACUGGUGCGAGGUACACACUGAAUUCGGACACUGGAGUUGUCACUGUACUAAACUGGCAAGUGGUCAAUGGUAUUUUGGACACCAUUGAAGGUACCGCUACAGUUAACUCCACUGACGGCAGUGCAAAACUAAGAGUCCGCCUGCCGAUUCGCAGCUCAGAUCCAACCAACCCAGAGUUUAGAGAAACCAACCUCUAUGUACUGGACACAGAUUAUACUUCAUAUUCACUAGCAUACUCCUGUGUAAAUCUUGAAGGCAAUCGACGACAGGUCAGCGCAUGGAAACUGAGUCGUGCUCGUACAAUGUCGGAUGCCGGCAAUACGGCGAUAAACGCCUACAUGGAGAAUAGGCAGGAGUUGCAGAACUCGUACUUCGUAGCCGUCGAUCAAAGUGACUCCUGUCCGGAACCUAAUUCGGCAACAUUAGUUAAGAACAGUAUUAUAAUGUUAGCUAUGUUGUGUAUGUCACUUGUGUACUUGUCUUAGGCUGGCAAUAUCUGGCCCUGAAUGUUUUCGUUCUCAACUUCUUAAAAUCUCAGAGAGAAUGACUAAUAAUGCGGAUUUAUUUAACGAAAUUCAAUUUUAUUGAAGCUAAAUGUAAAUUAUAUUGCAUUACGAAUGUAAAAGAUUGAUAAAUUACAAAUAAUCUAAUCUUAGUGUAAAGUUCGACAAUCGGACUAUAUAAAUUCGACAUUGAGUCAUAGAAAGUACUUCAGUGUCUAUAUCUAUCUUAAAGAGAUAAAUAAAUAAUGCUUAUAAGUUGACAUCAUUUUGAGUCAAAUAUGUAAUAAAUCUCCGAACCAUUGUAUCUAUUUGUAAAUGAAUGAUUGAGUAGAAUAUAAAUGAAUAUUGUUAA